AUGAUCAAGGAAGAGCACGAGGUGGCUAUCAUGAAGGCGCCCUACAACACAACAGCUGUGACGUCCACUGUGGUCAACAUGCAGAGUGAGAUCUCUGUGCCUGACCAUGUUGUCUGGUCCUUCUUCAACACACUCUUCAUGAACUGCUGCUGCCUGGGGUUUGUGGCUUUUGCCUACUCGGUGAAGUCUAGGGACCGGAAGAUGGUGGGCGAUGUGAUUGGGGCCCAGAGCUACGCCUCCACUGCCAAGUGCCUGAACAUCUUCGCGCUAAUCCUCAGUCUCCUGAUGACGAUACUUUUCAUUACUCUUCUCGCCACUGGAGCACUAAUGAGCUUUCAAGCUAUUAGACGGAUGGUAAAGCAUUAA